UGUCCUGAUCCAGGCGUUCGGGCUGUGCUCUGCAGCGGUCCAUGCAGGCAUCCCGCUGGCGAAAGGGAUGGUAACUCCACGUAAAACCAGAGUCAUUUCAGCUCUGUACAUGCUAAUAACUGCAGUUAUGCUUGUCUGGAAUCAUGAUAAGAGAGAAGAAGAAAAAAUAUUAUAAAAUCUCCAUUUUCAGAUAACACUUAAAACAUUGCUCUCAGUAAACUUGAGUCAUUCGUGGUUCGUUUCCUGUGAGAUACUAAAAAUGCCAUCACUUAAAGCCCCGAGUGAACAUAUGGGAACUGUUUCUUUCGGGGACUAAAUCAAUUCAUUCCGUGUCACAUCUGAUGUUUUAUAUGUUUCUCUUAUUUGAUACUGCUUUUUAAGAACCUGUAAUCCAAGCUCCUAGGUGUAUGACGUCCAGGUUUCAACUACAGAGUUUUAGUAAUAUUUAUUUAUUUACCUACCUUGUGUUCUAGUGACUUACGUGCUAGCUUAGAAAUCUAUGGACAUCAAAAACCUAAUGCGUAAACCAGCAAUUCUGUUCUGCGUAAACAUCCGUCAGGCUGUUCCAGAGUUUAGGGCUUUCAGAGAGCCCUGGCUUGUGAUUCCUGAACACCCGGAGCCGGUGGAUGAAGUCCUCCAAAUCCCGCCUUCGCUGCUGACAUGCGGCGGUUGCCAGCAGAACAUCGGGGACCGCUAUUUCCUGAAAGCCAUCGAUCAGUACUGGCACGAAGACUGCCUCAGCUGCGACCUGUGCGGGUGCAGGCUCGGAGAAGUGGGGAGACGGCUGUAUUACAAACUGGGCAGAAAACUCUGCAGAAGGGACUAUCUCAGGCUCUUUGGCCAAGAUGGCCUCUGCGCCUCUUGCGACAAGCGAAUCCGGGCUUACGAGAUGACCAUGCGAGUGAAGGACAAAGUGUAUCACCUUGAAUGCUUCAAAUGUGCUGCCUGCCAGAAACAUUUCUGUGUUGGGGACAGAUACCUCCUCAUCAACUCGGACAUAGUAUGUGAACAGGACAUCUACGAGUGGACUAAGAUAAAUGGAAUGAUCUAGCAAAGACAUGCCUCAUAGUCUAUAAAAGACAUCUCACGGGCGACACCGAUGCAUAGCUGCAGUGAGGAGAUCAUCACUUGAGCUAUGGGCUUUGUCUAAAAUGGGGGGAAAAUACCACGGAGUCGGCCCUUUGCUGGCAGUGCUACGUAGAAUCUAAACUACAUAUAGGUGAAGAAGGGAGACCGAAGCAAUAGUAGAUAGACUAACUUCUGUUCACAAAGGCGCAUGGACAAUAACUGACAUCAGCCAUGUAGGCGAGAGUUGGGGAACAAACGCAACGCGCUAAUGAAUUCUCGUAACUGGAAAAAGAGUAGGGACUUCUGUAAAGAGAUGUUAUGACUUUGUCACCUGCAGACUAGGAUUGUGCAAUUGAAUUUUCUUUUCGUCUUGUUUUAGUUACUGAGUUUAGAUGACAGCUCCUAAUGUAGACAUGAGGAAGAACACUGGAAGAAAAGGGCCAUCACUUACAUGGUCAUUCUAUACAGCCUUACACCUUGGGUAGGAGAGAAAGCGGGAAAAGGGUGGGAGUUAUUUUUGCAUGGAUUUUUUUUUUUCUUUGAGAAUGAACAGUGCAUCCUCUAGUCCCAAACUCUUCUUUAAAAAAAAUCCUGCUGAAUAGUUGUUUUCAGGCACUGCUGUUUCAAGAUGAGAUGUUCCACAGAUCAUUUCUAUACAAAUAUAAAUCUAAAGAGUUGUUCAACUAUUUUAUUAACUUAGGUUAUAUCGAUAAAAUAUUUGUUGUGUGUAGUAAGACUCUGCAGCUUUAAUAAAAAUAACA